AUGGCGCCGUCAAGCACCAUCGGAGGGGAGUACCGCCAGCCACCAAGUGACGAAGAGGAACAGACUGACCGCACCAAGAAGAAAGUGAGAACCACCUCUGACGAAGAUUCUGAGAAAUUUCAGGAUACUAUGAUGCAAGCUGAUGACGAGGGAAACCCCAACCUGGGUGAAAUACAAGAACCAAAAAAGCUUUCAUACAAGGACAAGGUGAUGGCAGGGGAAUUUGCCUCAUCUCCUUUCACAGACCAGGAAAUUGUGGACCUGGUAAGGGAAGAACUGAUGGUGGGGGGACUGGAUUUUGAGGAGGCCCAGAAGGAAAGAGGACCUUUCAACCCGAACCCAGUGGUUCCGAUCUCCCUAGAGGAAUAUGAGCAGUGGUGCCGCCCUUGGAAAUUCACACUGGUAGUGAAGUUGUUGGGAAAACGAAUUGGCUUCAAAUGGAUGAAUCAACGCCUCCACCGUCUUUGGGCUAAGGAAGGUGAUGUGAAGGUGAUAGACCUGGCUGAUGACUACUUCCUGGUGCGCUUUGCAUCUGAAAAUGAUUACAAACUUGCUCUGUUUGAAGGACCAUGGAUGGUAGCUGAUCACUACUUGCUAGUCCAAAGAUGGCGGCCCAUGUUCAAAGCUGAGGACGAUGCUGCUAGGAAGAUUGCUGUCUGGAUAAGGUUACCAAAACUCCCUGUGGAACUGUACAACAACACUUUCUUGUGGCGGCUAGGCUCGAUGAUUGCCCUAGGGGAGGAGCACCGCCUAGAGUACGAGGGUUUGCACUCUAUUUGCUUUAACUGUGGUAAGUAUGGCCACAAGAGUGAGUGCUGCCCUGAAAUCCUGAUUAAUAGUAAAGUCCCUGUUGGCAACUCUCCAGUUUUCUCUACUGGACCUGGCCUUGACCCGAUGCAAGAAGAACAACCUAGCAGAACCCCCUUACCCAAACCCCAACCAGAAGUAGACAAGGAGAACCCCAAAGGCUUUGGCCCUUGGAUGAUGGCAAAAAAGAGUCAAAAGAGGAAGCCCCUACGACCUCUCAACCAGCAAAACUCCCAACAAGGGAAUGGCUCUCGCUUUCAGGUCCUGGAAGAGGAAUUGAGUACCAAAGACAACAGUGAUGACCUCCAUAGUAAGGUGGACCAAGGAAACCUACCAAAAAACAACAGCAAGCCUAACCAUGGCAACCAGAAAAUCUCUCAGAAAACAAACAACAGACAUAAUCACCCAAAUGCCAUAGGGUCAGGAGCUAACCGAAAGACACCCCCAAUGGUGGAGAAAAUACAUAGGAAAGAAACUGGAAAAGCCCAAAUGACGCCAACAGCAAAAACACCUUCCCAACAGGAGGAGAAACCAGAUCACAUAUUGACCCAACAAGAGAAUGACUUACUAGAAACAGUAAGGAAGCACCAACUUGCCCUGUGGGAAGAAUUCAAGGCCAGAAAAGCUAAUGAUGAGGAGUUCCAAGGCAGCCUACACACCCCCUCUAAAGAGGAACUAAAGUUCGUUCAAGCCUUACUCCUCAAGAAAGGUGUUGGGGACCCCAAUGCCAAUCUGCAGAUCAGUCACAAUAUGGACAUGGACCAUGAGGACAAUGGAUCUUCAGGUGCUGAGAUAGUGCAGGAGGAUUCUCCUCAAAGCUUUUAG